GAUCAGUUUUCCUUCUAGGCUCCCGUAGAAGUAGAAAUUCUACGACUAGCUUUUGGCGCCUCUACCGCCCUGCAGUGCUGCAGACGAGAUAAAGCCAAGGCUGACCGCGUGUUAAGAAGGCAUCGCUGAAGCCGUUCCUGUUGUUUUUAGGGUGCGUAUGCAGUAGUAAUCUAUUUUAUACGCUGCAUCAUAAUCGAUUGACCCAGGCAAGCUAACGGUAGCUUUCUUUUGCAACUUGGACAUUGUUGCAGGCUACGCGGCGUGCGCAGAAAUGCACAACAUGGGCAAGAAGCAGAACACCAAGGGUAACGUGAAGAAGGAUGCCCAGGACGCACAGGAAGAGCCUGAGGAAUUUGUUGUGGAAAAAGUACUUGACCAACGUCUGGUCAAUGGGAAAGUAGAAUUCUUCCUGAAGUGGAAAGGGUUUACAGAGGCUGACAAUACCUGGGAGCCAGAGGAGAACCUGGAUUGUCCAGAACUGAUUUCAGCAUUUUUGGAAGCACAGAAGAACGUUAAGGAGAAGCCUGCUCCCGUUAAGAGAAAGGCAUCAACAGAUGAGCCAGAGACUGAAGCCAAGAAGAAAGAGGCUGAGAAACCACGUGGCUUCGCUAGGAACCUCGACCCAGAGCGAAUAAUUGGCGCAACAGACAGUAGCGGGGAGUUGAUGUUCUUGAUGAAAUGGAAAGACUCAGAUGAAGCAGAUUUGGUCCCAGCCCGUGAGGCCAACACUCGCUGCCCUCAGGUGGUCAUUUCCUUCUAUGAGGAGAGACUGACAUGGCAUUCCUGUCCAGAGGAUGAGGCUCAGUAGAACUGUCCUGUGGUCUCUGCAGUCCCUUGCACCCUUUUCCUCAGGAUUGAAUGUUCUCCUCUGGCUUUUUAGUUUUUGCUAUUUUAGUUAUUUUCAAAGAUGUUUCAACCCUCGCAUUGUAUGGCUGCGGAGAGCUGUGUUUGUUGUACAUAUAA